UGAUUAUCAAAAGACUAGGGCCAGGUGCAGUGGCUCACGCUUGCAGUCCCAGUACUUUGGGAGGCCAAGGCGGGCAGAUCAUGCGGUCAGGAAAUCGAGACCAUCCUGGCUAACAUGGUGAAACCCUGUCCCUACUAAAAAUACAAAAUAUUAGCUGGGCGUGGUGGUGGGUGCCUGUAGUCCCAGCUACUUGGGAGGCUGAGGCAGGAGAACGGUGUGAACCCGGGAGGCGGAGCUUGUAGUGAGCCGAGACCACGCCACUGUGCUUUAGCCGGGUGACAGAGUGACAGAGCAAGACUCCGUCUCAAAAAAAAAAAGACUAGGACCCAGACUAUAGUAUAUGAGGACUUCUAUUUUAAAAAAUGAGAAAAAGUUGAUGAUAUCUUGUGAUAUAAAAAAUUUUUUAAGCCAAAUAAAUAAAAUGUGAAAAAGGCAAACAACCCAGUGAAAAGUGAUCAAAGAAUACAAACAGGCAGUUCAGAGCAGGUAAAACUGACACGGCCAAUGAGCGUAUAUGAAAAGAUGCCCAAUCUCAGUCAGGAAACUGACUUUAACCACCCAAUUUAAGUCUAAUUAUAACAAAUCUCGGUGGAGAUAUGGAGCGUGGAAACACUUAUAUGCUGCUUUAGAGGGGUAAAUAUGGUACAACUGCUUUGAAGAAUUUUGUAACAUCUGGUAUAGUUGAAGAUGCAAUUCAGCUUAAUUUCCAUGCCUGCAUAUACACACACUUAAAACAAAAUUGGAAACAUUCAUUAAUACCAUUUAAUAACCUGCUUAAGUAAAGAGCUUAACAGUAUGAACAUCCUUCUAUUGUUAAACAAGAAAACUUAUUAUUAAGAAGCCUCCAGCUGAGGCUCCUAACCCCUGCUUCCUCUCUUUGCACUGUGAGGGCCUCUGGCCUGAUUAAAGGUCACCAGAGUCUUUGCACACACAGCCCAGAAUCACUCACACCUGCCUGCUCCUCCACUGUCUAUGGGGAUAUGUGAUAGCCCAAGUCCCUGCAUGCCUGAUUUAUUCCUCACACCAUCCACCCCCUCAUCCUUCUGCCCUUGAUUUUGGUCAGGUUACUAAGGAGGAUGAGUUGGAGAGGUCCACAGGGGAUUCCAGUUCUCCUAGAAAUCAAGACUGCAGGAAGCAGGCACGAGGGAGUGAGCAAGCACUUGGGAAAGGGCCUGAGCAAAGCAGGCUGAAGCUUGUAUGCUACUGUUUGUUAUAACUGUGGGUGGAGUUAGAGGUAAGGUAAGAGAAGUCAGCUGGGAGAAAAGGAUGGCCGAUACACUCCACCUCCAAAACCUUAAGCUUAAAUCUUCCCACUGGCCCCAUGAUAGCCCCUUACCUUCUUCCCUUCAUUUCCAAUCCACUUGCCAUUACUUGAGCCAUUCCUUUGCCAAACUCCAUCUCACUUGUCCCUGUAUCCUCCUUGCAUGGCACCUGCAGAGCUGCAUCUCAGCCCUGGACCACCGCAGCCCUCUGUUUUCUCCUUGUCUCUACUUAGGUUGCCGUGUCAGACCCCAGCGUUUCAAUACCUCUGAAUGAACAUUUAUGGACUCCAAUCUCAACUAGUCCAUAUGUAGACCCCACUCAUCUUUUUGGCUCUCUUUCAGCUCUCUCUCCAAUUCUACUGAGUAGCUUUUCCACAUGUUCUCCGUUUUCUAAGUCCAUGUAGUUUUUACUCUCGGCACAUGAUUUGAGCUCCUGUUUCACAAAGGACUUAAAAAUCAGUAGAUAACUCCCUCAGUUUUCUCCCAUCAACUCUAUACACUGAACUGCAUUGCUAUCUGAUUUUUUUCUCUUUUCUUUCUGUUACAAUGGAAGAGGCAAUCCCAUUCCUGCCUCAGGCCAAUUUCUACGCUUAAGCUUUUGAACUAGCGUCUUCAACAUCAUUACCUGAUCAUAUAAUCCUGUUGUUUUUUGUAUCCUCAUUUUCUACAGCAUUUGAUUAUAUUCAAGUCACUCCCAGGGUAAACCGUGACAAAAGGACUGUCUUUGACACAAGUCCUUCUCCAGAUACUGCUCCAGCUCUUCUCUCCAUCACAGGUAUGGUGAACAACUAUAGAACAGUUUUUUUACAAAAUCAUCCAGAGUUCUAGGUAAGUGACUGCCUGGGGUCAGAGGGUGAACAGAAGAGAAGAGGGAGGGGAGAGAAACUGGGAAUGACUGCUAAUGGUUGCGGAGAUUCUUCCAUGGAUAAGGAAAAUACUCUAAAAUUGAUUAUGCUGAUGGUUGCAAAACUCUGUGAACAUACUAAAAACCAUUGAAUUGCACACUUUAAAUGAGUGAAGGCUAUGAUAUGUGAAUUAUAUCUCAAAUCAAGCUGUUUUUAAAAAAUAGCUUACUUGGCCGGGCACGGUGGCUCAUGCCUGUAGUCCCAGCACUUUGGCAGGCCGAGGCAGGUGGAUCACCUGAGGUCAGGAGUUGGAGACCAGCCUGGCCAACAUGGUGAAACUCCAUCUGUGCUAAAAAAUACAAAAAUUAGCCAGGCGUGGUGGUGGGCACCUGUAAUCUCAGCUACUCAGGAGGCUGAGGCAGAAGAAUUGCUGGAACCUGGGAGGUGGAAGUUGCAGUGAGCCAAGAUCAUGCCACUGCCCUCCAGCCCAGGCUGACAACAGUGAGACUCCAUCAAAAAAAAAAAAAAAAUAGUUUACUUUUGGCACAAUGAAAGACAUAGUUAGGGGAUAUCAUGAGGCAGUCUUUUUAUGGUGAUGGGUCAGUUCUGUAUCCUGAUUAUGGUGAUGGUUACUUGCAUCUACCUGUGGGAUAAACGUUCACAGUACUAUAUGCUUCUGAAAUAUAAAUAAAUAUUUUUUUAAAAGAGUGUGUAAAAACAAACUGGGGAAAUCCAAAUAAGGUCUGUACCUAAGUUUACAGUAUUGUAUAAUACUAAUGGUAAUGUUCUGGAUUUGACAUGUACUAUAGUUAUGUAAGAUAGUGCCAUUGGGGGAAGCUGGGUGAAGGGUACAUGAGAACCCUUGGUACUAUUUUUGAAGCUUCUUGUGAAAUUUAAACUAUUUCAAAAUAAAAAUGUUACUUUAAAAUUUUGUUUCAGACUUCUCCCUUCUUUCCAAACCACAGGGAGUCCCUUUUUCAAACAAAUAUAUUCCUAGACAUGGUUGAAUGAUCCAGAGGUGGGCACCUGACCCAGCCCAGGUUCACUGGAAUUUUUUCCUGGAUGUUUUUUUUUUUUUUUAACCUGUGUAUUUUUCCAUUAUAUCGUUAUACUACAACUGUUAGUCCAUUCUUCUGUUGAUGAAUUUUUUGGAGUGUUUCCAGUUUUGAGCUAUUAUGAGUAAAGCACUGCAAAAAUUUUUUUUUCUCUUUUUUCUUUGUAGAACUUACAAUCUGUGAAGAUUCUCAUACAAGUCUUUUGGGAGACAUUUUUUUUUUCAUUGCUCUUGGGUAAAUGACUAGAAAUAAAAUUCCUGAGGCAUGUAGUAUGUUUACUUUGUUAGAAACUGCUGAACAGUUCUACAAAGCAAUCAUACCAUUUUACACUCCAACCAGCAAUGUAUGAGAGUUCUGUUUCAUAUUCUCACCAAUAUGUGAUAUAGCUAGUCUUUGGUUUUAGCCUUUUUAGAGAGUAUGAAAUACUGUCUCAUUUUGGUUUUAUUUUGCAUUUCCCUGAUGUGUAAAGAUGUUUAGCAAUUUUUCAUGAGCUUUAUUGGCCAUUUGUAUAUCUUCUUUUCUGAAAUGUUGGUCAAAUGUUUGACAUUGGAAGACCAAUAAUGCAACCAUUUAUAUGGUUGAACCAUUAUAUGGUUCAACAGGGUAUGCAUUUUACCUAUCAUAUAGUAGAUUAAAACCAAGACAAGAAAAGCACACAGCAGUUAAAGCUUGACAUUGACAUAUCCUGGGGUUAACUUGAAUGUUUUAGUGAAAUUUUAUGGAAGGGCUCCCCUUCUGCCUUCUCACCAGCCAUUGGUGCCAAAGUACCUUUGCCACAUAUUCUUGGGCAGCUCCCUCAUUUUAUAGGUUUCAAAGCUAUGCAACAGAUGCUUGGGCUGCAGCUGCUUGUGUGGCUGUUUCUGAACUUAUCCUUCCUCCACUCCUACCAGGCAGGCUACAGAGUCCUGGCAAUGAAUAGCUCCUGCUUGUCCUGCCAAGUUUUCUUCACGGCUGAAGAGAGACUUCACCUCCUACUUCCUGUCCUAUAAUUCAGCCAUUAAUUAUUUUUCCUGAGUGCAUGGAUAAACAAACAAAUGAAUAAAUCAACAAGAAGCUAAGCCAUCAGGACCUGAGUGCAAACCCAUCAUGAUAGUAACUGGCAUCUCUGUGAAGCACUGUAGUUUAGAACAUGUUUUUACAUAUAAAAUUUAUUUUUAUCUUCAAAACAAAGUCAUGGGGCAUUAUUAUCGUCUCCAUUUUACAGAUGAGGAAAAUUAAGUCUCAGGGAGGUUAAAAGAGUUGCCCAUGGUCAUCCUCCUUGGCUGUUAUUCCUGAGAAGGGAGAGCUGUGCCUGGGAUUCACAAAUAAUGACAUGGCGUAGACAACCCAGUCUCUAUUAGCACAGACUAGUGUUGGGAGGGAGGCAGGUGAGGACGCAGAGGGCGAGGGGACCAAGGGAGCCUGAGAUGCUGGAUUCCUUUAACUCCCAAAAGUGCUAACCCAGGGUAGCUCAGGGCACAAGGGCAGGUCUUUGUGUGGUAUGAAUUGAGAAGUCUUGCCAAGAACUCCCACCAGAAUCUACUUCCCUGGCUGUACAGAGUACCUCAGUUUUCAUAAUCAUUCCUCUCCUCCUAACUAGGACAGUAGCACUUAAAACUUUGCCAUUGAAGUUUUCCAAUUGCUGAGGCCAUUUAGUCAUUAGGGAUGAUUGGAGUCUCUAUCACUGAAGCCAGGAACCCCAAAUCUGUUAGGACUCCCCAGAAGCUGCCAGAGAAUUGCUGCACUGAAGAGUCUUAGGAGCAGGCAACUGAUUCGAGGGGGCAGGGGACCAGGCCAUAGAGUUUUAUUUGUGUAGCACAGACAGUGCUUGUAUAUAGAUUGUGUUUUUAUUUUGGGGACUGAUGGAGAUUAUGACAGGUGCCAAGUUCCCUUCAAGCCCCUCCUGGAAAUAUCGGUACAACUUACAUGUAGUCAUUCUUGGUAUCCCUGGGAAGAGAUGGAGAAUUUAUUCAGUAUAUUUCUUCUUAGUGACAAGAAAUUUCUAAGAUCAUCAUACAAUAGUACCCACACUUAACCAUCCACUGGGUCAGUAGGGUAUUGCAGUUAAGAGUUACGCUUUAGAGUAUAACAAACUUAGGUCAUGCCCCUUCCUAUUAUUCUACCAGUCAUACCAUACAAGGUCAGUGUGUAUUAACUACAUUAUUAUUACUGGUAGAGAAAAUAUAAAGUGACAAAAAACCACUUUGGACUUAGUUAACUUAUAUUAAUUUGCAUUUUAGAAAUUACAACAGCACCUACAAACACUUGACAGAUAGUGGUAUAAAAUCUGUGAGUGGUGUUACUUUUCCAGACUAUAGACAAUGCUUUGUAUCCAGAUUGAUUUGGACCUGUUGCAAUGAUUGCUCUGCAGAGGCAUUUGUCCAUCGUGCGGGCACUUCUGAUACAGUGGAAGAGCAUGGAUUUUGGAAUCUUACAGGCCUAGAUUCAAAUCCUGGCUCUGUCACAUGCUAACUGUGCCAUCUUUGACAAGUUACUUAGCUUCUCUGAGUCACAGUUUCCUCAUCUCUAAAAUAAGGGAUGAUACCUGCCUCACAGGGCCAGUGGAGGAUUGAGUCAUAUAAUAUCCAUAGGAACCUGACUAAUGUUGGGUGUCAAAUAAAUGUUCAAUUGUUCUCUCACAGUUUCAGUGAACAGAACAAUCCACAUCAGUUUGAAAAUAAUUUUGGUUGAGUUGCAGAAGCCCAGACAUUAAUACCCUCAUACCUAGAAGGACUCGUAACCCCACUAACUGAGAGCAGAAAGAUAUGUAUUCUUCACAUUCAACAGUGCUUUAAAUGUUUUAUUAACACUUUCUUCUUCCAGUGCAUGUAGGGAGAGCCCCAGCCUCCACCUACUCUCUUUUAUCUCACUUAUCAUUCUUUCGUAACUUCUUAAUCUCCCUUUCUUGAACUUUCUCAUUGCCCUUAGCCUGGAAGCCUCAGGUAAGUGGCUCUACUCACCUUGCAGUGAAGUGGGUCAUGGGCACAAUGUCGCUGGUGAUAGACUAUGGGUUUCUAAGGCCUGCCUCAGGGCAGUUAGACUCCUGCAAUAUCCCUUAUUCAAGAGUGGUCCUGACUGCAGUGUUGAUGGUGGUGGAGCAGACCCUCCGUGGGUCACUUUGCUGAGAGUCAGGUAGGAAUCAUCCAUUGGCUCAGAACAGCCCUGCUACUCUUCCAGGGAUGGAAGGCUAGAGGCCGUGCCAGGGACGUCUGUUCUACAAGCAGGAAGGCAGGCAGGGCAGAAGUGAGUGCCAGUGGACUGUGCAGACCUCAGCUUGGGGAGGGCAUGUUCUCCUGGGAGUGGAGGUUGUUUUAUUGCCAGGGAGCUGGGAAGUUGCCUGUGGCUUUGUUUUCCUGUUUCCCGUACAGCUGCCUUGCACCUUUCUCCACUCGGUGGAUGUAGGGUAGGACUGUGUGCAGUCUGAGAAACUGGACACGCUUGUGGAAGGACCCAGACCAGACUUCUUCCUCCCCUCAGCGCAAUGUGCUUUGCCUGUUUCAAGAACGUCCUUUCCAUUUCCUGUUCCUGGGGCUGCACAAUAUGCUUCCUCUCUUCCUUUGGACAUAAGCCUGAAGAAAGAUACUCUCUUCUUGAAGAAGUUUUCAUCCCUGGCUAUAUCCUUUUUUCCCAUAUCCUUAGCAAGUAUGGGCAAAUGAGCACUCACGCUGCUACUCCCUGGUUUUGCAUUGAUCUCCUAGAGCAGGUGGCCACACUUGCACCUUUUUCUCAGAAGUGGGAUUGGAGUAAGGAGCCAAGUUCACCUAUCAUAAUCAUGUGACAUAGUGGUUUGCGAUCAUGUGACAUAUUGGUAUGACGAUCAUGUGACAUUGGAAUGGGGAACAAAAAGCAGGAGACCCAGUAUUUCAGGUAAAUAACCAAUCCAAUAAUAAAAAUUGCUAGUAUUUCCUGUUAUCCUUUUAAAGCAAAUUAUCUGUUUCUUAUUCGCAAAUUUAGAAGCUGUUUGGCACAAUUUUAGAUAUCUAGAAACAAUCUAUCAAAAUAUGCCUCCUGAGCAACCUGGGGGUUCAUUAGAUUAAUUAAUUAAUAGUGGUGAAUAAACCGUUUGAAAUCCUCUUAUUAAUUGGGUCACCUAAGUCCUAAGUAGUAUUAUAACCAGGCCUAAUGAGGUCAAUGGCUUAAAGAGAGGGUUUUAAACCAUAUAUAAAGCUCCUCUAAUGAUCGUUGGUACAGGACGAAGGUAAGAAAAGCCAGGUGAGUCUUCAUGCUGGUGUUUAAAAGUUUCCUCCACAGCAGUAGAGCCACACUGAUGUCUACUCAGUUAAAGCCAGGUGUGCAGUGAUCUACUGACUAAUGGAUUCUCCAACUGUUAAACCUAUGUUACAGGACAAAGGCCAUCACUUUGUAAAAGCUUGAAGUGCAGUUUGCUGCUGAGUACAGGAGACCUUUGCAAACAGAGAGGGAUUUUCUCUGUAAAGUUGCAAACAAGGCACUUCCAGGUGCUCGUACCCCUUCACCCACUCAAUGAAGCCUCACCUACAUCCGCGCCUGUACCACGGCUGCUAUGGGGACAUCAUGACCAUGAAGACCUCUGGGGCCACUUGUGAUGCAAACAGUGUGAUGAACUGCGGGAUCCGUGGUUCUGAAAUGUUUGCUGAGAUGGAUUUGAGGGCCAUAAAACCUUACCAGACUCUGAUCAAAGAAGUCGGGCAGAGACAUUGCGUGGACCCUGCUGUCAUCGCAGCCAUCAUCUCCAGGGAAAGCCACGGUGGAUCUGUCCUGCAAGACGGCUGGGAUCACAGGGGACUUAAAUUUGGCUUGAUGCAGCUUGAUAAACAAACGUACCACCCUGUUGGUGCCUGGGACAGCAAAGAGCACCUUUCACAGGCUACUGGGAUUCUAACAAAGAGAAUUAAGGCAAUCCAGAAAAAAUUCCCCACGUGGAGUGUUGCUCAGCACCUCAAAGGUGGUCUCUCAGCUUUCAAGUCAGGAAUUGAAGCGAUUGCCACCCCAUCGGACAUAGACAAUGACUUCGUCAAUGAUAUCAUUGCUCGAGCUAAGUUCUAUAAAAGACAAAGCUUCUAGGCAAAGCUCUGUGGAUGGGCCAGGCUGGCAGAGUGCUCAGAUGGCCGCCUUUGAGAGUUUUAUGUGAAUGUGUUGUAUUCAACACUGGCAAAGAAAUGAUUAAAAUCAUGAAAGAAAAUACAUUUCCCAAUUUUAUGAAUGAAAAUAAGCAUUGAAAAAAGGAAAGAAAAAUAAAAGAAAUCCAUCCAGUUCACAGUAUGGUUUCCAGGAAAUGGACAUAGACAUAUAUAUAAUUACUUUGUAGUAAAUGUGAAUAUCAUGGCAAGUGGCCCCUAGGUAUUCCAGCCAGGCUUCAUUUUAGCCCGUGAUUCCAAUGCCAACCUACUCCCUGUCUACCAGAAUUGCUAACAAGUUAAGAAAGCCUUACCCAAGACUUUGUCCUUUUUCCAGUAUCUGCCCAAAGCCCUGAGGCUUUGCUUAUGAGAAGUUCCUGACUCGUAAGCCAGCCAAUCCAUGGGACAAUGGAGGAAGUAGGGAUGGAAUUCUAGCUUCAUAGGAAACUGAAAGCCAACUGAGGUGAAGCUGUCAUUCAAGUUAGAUACACCAAGUCCUUCAAACCCACAGCAACCUCCUGUGUUUUCUUUUGUUUGUGAAGAUCCAGGGACUGGCUUUUCUUAUUUUCAGCAGUUGCUGCCACACGCUUUCUUUCACGGGGUCCACCCCUCACAAAACAUGGCUGAAGAUAAGCAUGCAGGACCCAAAGCAAUUAUGGUUCUUUGGUUGCAAGCAAAAGUAACCACUUAUAGAAAUUUUAAGCAAUAAAAGGAAAUUACUGGAAGGCUAACAGAACCAACUAAGAGGGUCAAGGAGAUGAAGAGACACCAGGCAACUCUGGGGUCUGGAUAGCAGGAAUGGGUGAACCAUACCUUACAGCAUCCCUAGUAAGUGAAUGAAUUAGCACCCUCACCAAUAUCCUCAUAUAUGUACUCCAAACACCAUUUUCUGAUUAUGUCAUCAUUCUGCGUUACUUUCAUAGUGCCAGGAGAGGCUCGGAGCUAUUUAUCUUGGGUCACAUACACACCUACCCCUUGGCUAUUUUGCUACCUUGGUCUUGCUAACACUACCCACAACGGAGAAGAGACAACUCUCUGGAAGGAAACUGUGUGCUGUUUGUGGCCUUUACUUCCAUAGUCAGGAGAGGACACAAGUGAUAACAUGUUGGAGUGUAAAGUGGACGUGUGAUGAUGUGGCCCUGCUGGGCCUUUAACUCCCUUUGGAGAUGUUCAAUGAAUGUUUCAGUCCAUCACUUCUGUUUCUGAGAAGGACUCAAAAUCAUAUGCAUCUGCCUCAGAGCCCCAUUGGAGAAAGCCAAGUAAAUCCUUCUUUGCCCACUGACCUCUCAACCCAGCCUGAAGAUUUGACCCAGGCAGCACCAGGAAUCCUUGUUUCAGCGGGCAGGGCCAAUGGUCAGUUUGUGUGGCAGGCCCUUAGCAGGUAGGCUGGUAGCUUCUAUGACUGGUUGAGGCCUAUGCUGUACCAGGUGUUAAAUAUUUUUAUUAUCCUCCUUGCAUGUGGGCCAUCCAGGAUGCUCUUCAGAUGUUCACUUUGCUUAGGAAUGAUUUAUUUUGGGCUUUCCCUCACAUGCAUGAACUUCAUCUAAUCACUAGCCCCUUCAAUGUCACUACUUCAACAAUAAAGUACAUCUAGGUGAGAUAACUUUCAGGUAAUUUGAAAAACAAGAAAUAGUAUGCUCACGUGUUCCCUGAAUGUAUUCCCCCAGUGUUCUCUUUAUGACUAGGAUGCAAGAGAUGUCCCGUGGGAGACCUCACAUUCAAGUUGUCUUAGUUUGGUUCCCCAGAAGCAGAACUUGAGGAAACGAUUCCAGUGUGGGUAGUUUAUUUUGGAACGCUGGUAUGAGGUGGCUGGAUG